AAACAAGAUGGAUCAACAAUAUGGCGUCCCGUGUUCAACAGCUUUUGGCAAACAAAUCCGUCAAUCAAAAUAUCCUGUGUACAGAAUGUUGGAUAGACAUCAUGGAUCACAUUUUUGGAGUGGAAAUGCUGUGAAUUACGAAAAACUGUACAAUAACAUAUUGCCUUAUGCACUGCAAGCAAUUGCUGGAAGUGUUAAUAGCACAGACCGUCCUUUUGUGGCGUGUGACUUCGGUGCUGGAGAUGGAGGAACAUCUAUGAAACUGAUGACUGAGAUCAUAAGAGCUGUACGAGCAAAAUACGGGAAAGAAAAACCUAUUGUGAUAGUGUACGAGGAUCUGCCCUGGAACGAUUUCAAGUCAUUAUUCUUUCUGACACAAGGUUUAUUUGAAGAUCAAAGGAACUUUCUUCCUCAAGAUAAAAACGUGUUUCUCCUGGCCAGUGGUACUAAUUUCUAUGAACGAUGUUUGCCGCCGAAUUACGUGGACCUGGCUGUAUCCUGCAGUGCGAUGCACUGGUUGAGUAAAAGGCCUUGUAAUCUUCAGUGGGAUAUUAUUGGUCAAGGUGACAAAGUCAGUUAUGAAGAGCUAGAUGCAUAUAAAAAGCAGGCUGCUGUGGACUGGGAGACAAUUCUCAUAAACCGGGCUAAAGAACUGAAAAUAGGUGCCCACAUCAUCAUAGCAAUUGUUGGUACGAAGGAAGGCGUGCAUUCCGGUAGUACAGCGAUUUACAAAGUUAAAGUCAUCCCGUAUCUAAGAGACUUAUGGCUUUCAUUUGCAACAGCGGGGCGAAUAACCAAGGUGAGACCUUUUUCUGGGGUGUACAAUGUAAAAUGA